CUCAAAAAAAAAUUUCUCUUGUUUCUCUCUAAUUUGCGUGUUUGCUCCCAUUUCCUUUUUCCAUAAAGUUGGGCGUGUUACUUUACAGUAAGCUGUGACAUCGUGAACAAAUGCAAAAUCUUAACCCUAGUUUUGUUUCGUUUUUAACUCUGAUGUAGUACGGUACUUUUAUGCUGUGUCGUUUAAACCGCUAUUCUUGUUCCGAACAGCAGGUGGCGUUGAAAGUUCAGAACUUUAAGGCUUUCACAUGUUUUGACGUUAAUUUCUCGAUUCUUAAAAAAAAAAAAAUGGGUGAAACUUGAUCAAUAGUAUUUUGUCUGUGAAAACUUGUGGUUUAAUUUCUAUACUCUAACCGUCCGUGCCAUCUCUAAUGGCCGUCUACAGACGCAGAGCUGGAGCCUGUCAAGUUGCACUUUUUGAGCUCCACAGAAGAGCUGCUACUUCUGCUCGAUGCGCUCAUUUAAACGGGGCGGAGAGCUAGAAAGACAGAGAGGUCUCAACGAGACAUUCACGUUUACAGCUGCUGGUCUGAAAUGUCUUCUAGGAAAACUAUAUUACGCGGUUCAUGCCGCCCCUGUGUGCGCUCUCUCAGAGCUCUGCUGGCUGUCUCUCUGUGCCACUUCAUAUCUGGAUACUCUGACAAAGACAGAGCACACGACUUGUUAUCCAAAUACCCCCUCAUUGAUGGCCAUAAUGAUAUAGCUCUCCGGCUCAGGAUCCUUCACAACAAUCAGCUGAGCAAGAUCAAUCUGACUCAUCUCAACAAUGUGGCCACUGACAUUUCCCGCCUCAGAGCAGGCCAUGUACAGACACAGAUGUUUGCAGUCUAUGUUUUGUGUGGGGCCCAGCAGAUGGAUGCUGUGCGGCUGACUUUGGAACAAAUAGAUGUAGUCAGACGUAUGUGCACCGAAUACCCAGACUUUGAACUGGUCACUUCCACUGAGGAAAUAAGGGCCUCAGCAAGGAAAAAAAAAAUAGCGUGUCUGAUAAGUAUUGAAGGGGGGCACUCCAUCGAUAGCAGCCUUCCAGCACUGCGCAUGUUUUAUCAGCUUGGAGUACGCUCCAUGUCCCUCACUCAUUCCUGCAACACUCCAUGGGCUGAAUCAUCUUCAAAACUUUAUGAUGUUUUUCUCAGAUCCAAUAACAGCCUGACAACAUUUGGAAAGGCUGUGGUGGAUGAGAUGAACAGACUUGGGAUGAUAGUGGAUCUUUCCCACACGUCUUGGGGCACAGCUACAGCCGUUCUGAAGCAUUCCAAAGCUCCUGUUAUUUUCAGUCAUUCGUCCUCUUACGCAGUCUGUGACCACAGCCGCAAUGUACCCGACUCGUUGCUUCACAAGUUGAAAAAGAACCGAGGGCUGAUCAUGGUGAAUUUUUAUGGCCCUUUUGUUUCCUGCAAGGACAAGGCUAUGGUCUCCCAUGUUGCUGACCACUUUGACCACAUUAAGAGGCUUAUUGGAGCUGAGUCUAUAGGAAUUGGAGGAGACUUUGAUGGUGGUAAUAGCUUUCCUGAGGGAUUGGAAGAUGUCUCAAAGUAUCCUGUAAUAAUCCAGGAGCUCUUGAAGAGGAACUGGACAGAGGACGAGUUGGCUGAUGUCCUUCGAAGGAAUUUCCUGCGAGUGUUUGAGGAAGUUGAGAGGGUUCGUGAUCAGCUAAUUUGGAAUAAACCAAGUGAAGAACAGAUUCCCCUAGAGGAGGUGGCAAACCCCUGCAGAUUGGUUCUCAGACAACCUGUCCUGAGUAAAUUAUCCGUGAACCAGAGCCCAUCCUUAAGAUCAGAGGGAUCACUGAAUUUGUUAUACCUGGGCUCAGUUUUGUUUUUUUCCCUAAUUCUCCUGACUUAAUGAAUACUUAGUAUCUCUUUUAUCUCUUUUUAUAGUUCAGUUUUUAUUAUCUAUAUGAAGAAUGAGACCUUAACUUUAAAACCUUAUCUGGCCCGCUGCGCAGACAUGCUUAUCUCCACCACCCUAAAUUCGGUAUGAUUAAAACCUAGAGAGUCCUAUUUUUUAAACAAGAUACAGCACGUCUCUGUCACACCUGUGGUGGUUUAAUAAUCCCACAGUGUAACAGAGAUUAAAAAACUCUCACUCCCUGGGGUUGUGCGCACAGUGAUGCACAGGUAGUCUCUCAUGAGCUGUGAAUGUGACCAAUUAACAAUGUAAUUUCUCCGCUGCUGUUCUUUUUUUUUUCUUUUCCUAUCUCAAUGUUUAUCACCAUAGCAAUGCAGAGGAGUGAACAGGCCAUUCUAGAACUUUCCUAAAAAUAUAUGUCAUGAUUUAUGGCAUUUAUUUUCAUUUUAUUGAUUUAUGCUGUGGACAGUGGUACUUUAUGCUGGGAAAGGUUCUCAGUCACCCAGGUCAUGGUCAUUCCAAAAAAAAGUUUAAAAAACAAAACAGCUGGACUUUUAUCCAAAGUUUGAAGAUGUUG